AAACAAAACUACGAGUAGAUCAUCGUCUGAUAUAUAGAUCAUAUCGGUGGCAAAAAUGUAACGUAGAGAUUGUGUUCCGAGCCGGUAAAAAGGGUCGAAAUAACAUCUAACAUACAGAACAGAAUAGGAUGAAAGGGGUCAUUUUCUGUGACAAACUAUACAAGUUUGGGAGGUUCUCUCAACCCUUUCGAAGUUUGUCAAACAUCAUAAUGAAGAAGAAUUCUACAGGUUAUCUAAGAAUACCAAAAGAGUUCAUGGAACGUACAGAUUGGCAGCUUUUAUCAGCUGAUAACAAGAAAGUUGAAGCCACCAUGAGACACCCUGGUCUAGAAUUUAGAGAUUAUGACAAAACAGGUAAACCAAAGUUAUGGGAAAUGAUGAGUUUAUGUUCUUCAUCUCGUGUGUACAUGCAUCAUGUUGCAAUAGAUAAUAUUGGAAGCACUUUUCGAGACUUUAAAGACUUAACAAAAGACCACAUGACUUUCCUUGUAACUAGUCAACUGACUUUUUCAAAAGCCUUAUACAAUAUGUCCAUUCUGAAUAAUCCUUUGCUUAUAAAAGUACAAGGUGGUUACAUAGGAAACACCUCAUUAAAUGCACUUACAACCGUAAGCUUGGAUGGAAACAGCACAGAAUUGAUGUCAAACAUAAAUCAAGUUGUGUAUAUUGACCCAGAAACAAGGAAACCAACUCCAUUACCAAGUUGGUGGAAGGAAAAAUAUGCCGAAUCUGCCAAAGAAAAAUCAUCAUUGAUAAUAGAAAAAUUUAAAAGACCAUUAAAAACAGGUCACCAAAGAUUUCAGGUCACUUGGACAUAUACAGAUGGCUAUGAGCAUGCAAAUUGGACAAGUUAUGCACGAUAUGCAAUUGACAGUGCACAUCUUUGUAGCAAAGAAGGAAUAUUAAAACAAUUUGAGGAAAAUAUUGAAAAUGGUGUUUCAAAGAUUGAGUUGCACUACUAUGGAGAAUCACUGCAGGGUGAAUAUUUAGACAUUUAUACUUGGGAAGAUUCAGAGGACUCAAAAAAACUUUAUUUUGAUAUAAGCAAAGAUGAAAAAUCUAUAUUUCAGUGUAUCAUGUAUUUCUUUUGAUAUUGUAAGAUUUGCAUUACCUUACUGACUUACAAAAAUCUAGUAAUAGAAUUGUACUUAGAAUUGCUAUAAUAUUGAAUAUACUUUUAAUGAUG